CCCCUCAGCGGCAAAACCCGCCCUUCUUUUCUUUCCUCCUUUUUGGCUCUCCACAUCUCUCCACUCCUUUCUAGGACAUGUCGUGAGAGUCUUGUCUUUGUCCCUAUCAUCUCUUGCGGCAAGAUGCCCGACUCUGCCACCCUCUGGGAACACCGCUUUGACGGGAAGCCCAUUUCACCAAACCCCGCCAUCGCCGACCUCGAUAUUGAACGCAAUGAGUUGGCCCAUACCUGGAAGCGUUUCGUCGGUCUGCUCCUGCCGCAGGAUCAGGUCGAGUGGGACGAGCGGCCACAGACCGUCGACGACGUGAAGUCCCUGCUCGGAAAAAUCAAGACCUUUUGGAUGUCGAGGCCGCGACAACGAGUCUUCAGUGACUCCAUGGAUCUGUGCGAUAGACUCCUUCCGACCAUGGACACCCAUGCGACCUUGUUGUCCGCCCUCCCGGACGCCCUGUCAUAUACCCCUCUUUUCUACGGCGUCCUCCAGUCAGUCAUUAAGGCAUCCUCGCACUACCCCCGGGUAAUGGAAGGCCUGGCUACCGCACUACUAAAUAUACACGACGCCCUAGGCCUUCCCGCCGACCGUAGCUUGCUCCCGACCGCCGUGAAACACAUCACCAGAACCUACGCCCUAAUAUUUUUCUUCCUUACCGAGUUCAUGGACUGUCAGGAUGUGUACUCCGAGUUCCGCCAUCUCGUCAUAUAUAUACAGCGCCAGGCACACGAUCUGCCUUGGGAACAUUCGAACAUGGAUAUGGACGAGGACUACCUGGACCCGUAUAGCCCACGGGCACUGUGGGAGGAGUCUCGACUCAGCCAGGUUGGACAACAGAAGAAAGACCGUCGGAUAGCGGCACAGAACACUAUCACUCGACGGCUUAUCUGGGAGAUUCAACAAGAUGCGGAGGAGCGGGCUCGGUAUAGAGAAGGCCGGGAUCGGUUGCUGGCAGAGACGCUCAGCUCUGUGCGUGAGCAACUGCAACCGGUCAGCGAACAGAGUAGUGGCAUCGUGUGCAUGACUACACCUCCGAUUCCUAAUAUAGAUACCUCCUCGUUCGAAUGGUCCAGAGGAUCUAAACGCCGCCUCGCACGCCUCGAGAUUCAGAGCUCAUCCAAGCACCUCCAGGACUUUUUCGACAGCGACGAUCAGAUCUGUGACUACGAGCCAGAAGUCAAGGUCGUUGCCGAUAGCAGUGUCGUUGCGUCUCUUCAGCAAUGGGCUACCAGCCCACGCUCCCAGGCCCUCGCGGUGGGCGGCACUCAGCCCACUGUUUCGCCCAGCCCCGUAGCUCUUAUUUCCGCCUGCUAUGCCUCGUUCGCACGCCAGGCUCGACUGCCCGUCGUCUCUCACUUCUGCGUCCUCCCUACAAAAGGGGUCAAGGGACUGACACUCCACGAGCAAGGCCUGAUCGCACUGACCUACAGUGUCAUCCGACAACUUGUCGACUGGCUUCCACCGGUAGUGGACAGCGACGCCGUGCUCGAUCUGAGCGCAGAGCGAUUCCGCCAACUCGACGGAACCCUUACCAGCUGGAAAGCCGCCCUCUCGCUAGUCGACACCCUUCUACAAUCCGCCCCGCCGCUUAUGGUUUUCCUGGUCGACGGCCUAGAUGCCAUUCACGACGCUUCAACCGACGGCCCCAUCCGCGAACUCGUCCGCGUCCUCCUCACCCACACCCGUCGCCAACCACAGGGCGGACUCAACGGCCAUGGCCCAACACUCCUGCUGAAGGUUCUCUUCACGGUCAUCGGCCGACCCAGUGCCCUUGUCGAAACCAUGGCCGAACACCAGCUCGUUCUCGACAAUCAAGCUGACCUCCCGCCCUCCGAGCCCGUUCUCAGCUCGGACCUUGGGGUCAUGAUGAAUGCAUGA